AAUGGGAGACAUGACGAGGCCUGGAUGAUUCUGAGACAGGUCCAUGAUACCAACUGGAAGGCCAAGGGAGAACCUGAGAGGGUAUUCACUGUGUCCAACAUCACGACUCCUAAGACCCAGGAGGAUGAGUUCAUUGAGAUCCAGAGUGACACUGGAACAUCCUUCCAGCGCUGGACUGUCAGACACACCAACCUCCUCAAACAGGUGAUGCAGAACGUGAUGUCCCUGGCAGCACCAGACCUCAGACUGCAGGGUCUGUUCCUGGCUAUCGUCUGGUUCACCAUGGCCUUCAGCUACCACGGACUGUCGGUGUGGUUCCCUGACAUGAUCAAGUACAUGCAGUAUGAGGAGUACGAGUCCAAGGUGAAACUCUUCCAUCGAGAACGAGUGGAGCGAUUCCACUUCAACUUCUCCCUGGUCAACCAGAUCCACAAAGAGGGAGAAUAUGUCCAUGACAAGUUCAUGGAUAUAGAGAUCAAGUCUGUGAAGUUUGAAGAUUCCCUGUUUGAGAACUGUUACUUUGAGGACGUCAGGUCGACCAACACGUACUUUGAGAACUGCACCAUCAAGAACACGGUCUUCUAUAACACAGACCUUUGGGAAGACUCUAAGUUUAUAGACUGUCGGAUGGAAAAUGCCACGUUUCUCCAUCCGAAGAAAGGCUGCCAUCUGAACUUCCAGGAGGAGAACGACAUCGUCAUCUACAUGGUCAGCUUCCUGGGGAGUCUAGCGACACUGCCAGGCAACAUCCUGUCAGCCCUCUUCAUGGACAAGAUAGGAAGGAUCAAAAUUAUAGGUGGUUCUAUGCUGAUAUCAGCAGUUUGUACGUUCCUCCUGCUCCUCAGCUUCAGUCAGGGGCAGUUAUAUUAUUUCAGUGCCUUUUCUACGCUACCAGCGCGGCCUGGAACGGACUGGAG